AUGACUACCAUCUAUAUCGACGAAGACGUCGGUAGGGACGACUCUACCGCGACCGGAUCUGAAUCCGCUCCCUACAAGACGCUUGUGCAUGCUUUCCUGCAGCACGCUCCUAGCGAAGGUUUUCAAUAUCUGACGCGCAAGUCCCAGACCGAGCCCGCCGAUAAGGAUGUCGACAAGCUGGAGUGGAAGCCGGCCACCAAGUCGGCGAUGAAGAAGGCCACCAACCUCUACGAGCAACGGAAAAAGAAGGCGGCAAAGGAACAGGAAUUGGCUAUCCGUGAGAAGCAGGAGGCGGAGAAGCGCCGUCUCGUCCUGGAGGAAGCGAAGAAGAUCAUUAUCAAGGAGGACCCCUCCCUCCCUAAGCCGGUCAGAAUCCGCCUUGAUGUGACUGACCCAGCCGUUGUCAAGCUUGGAAGCCCGGAGUCGGAGGGUCCUGGUACUCGUGUCCGCGUGCUGGGCAGAGUUCAUCGCCUUCGAGCCCAGAAGGAUGUCGUUUUCCUUACCUUGACAGAUGGUUACGGCUACCUCCAAUGCAUCCUAACGGGAGACAUGGUCAAGUCCUACGAUGUUAUGACUCUUACUCUCGGAACCUCCAUUUCCAUUCAUGGUGAAAUGCGUGCCGUCCCACCUAAGCAGCAUGCCCCCAACAACCGUGAACUUCACGCAGACUUCUUCACUAUCAUCGGUCGUGCCGCCGGUGACAAGGAAGCCAUCACCACACGAGUCGCCCCUGAUGCCGACCCGCAAACCCUCUACGACAACCGUCAUCUUGUCCUUCGUGGCGAGACCGCUUCCGCUGUCAUGAAGGUGCGCGCAGCAGCUCUUCGGGCAUUCCGCAAAUCUUUUGAGGAGAACCGCAUGCUGGAAGUGACCCCUCCCGCAAUGGUGCAAACGCAGGUGGAGGGUGGUAGCACCCUGUUUAAAUUCGACUACUACGGCGAGAACGCCUAUCUCACUCAGUCUUCCCAACUGUACCUGGAAACCUGUCUCCCAUCCUUGGGUGAUGUCUUCUGUGUUUGCCCGUCAUUCCGCGCCGAGAAGUCCCUUACUCGUCGACACUUGUCAGAGUAUACUCACAUCGAAGCCGAACUUGACUUCAUCACCUUCACCGAUCUCCUGGAUCACUUAGAAGCUGUGAUCUGCCGUGUCAUUGAAUUGAUCCUGGCCGAACCUGAGACCGCAGCCCUCAUCAAGCAACUCAACCCCGACUUCAAGCCCCCCAGCCGUCCCUUCCGCCGCAUGAAGUACUCUGAUGCCAUCCAAUGGCUCAUCGAGCACGAAAUCCCCAACGAAGAAGGCAAGCCCCACCAGUUCGGUGAUGACAUCGCCGAGGCCGCCGAGCGCAAGAUGACCGACAUCAUCAACCAGCCCAUCUUCCUCACCCACUUCCCCGCUGAUAUUAAGGCCUUCUACAUGAAGAAGGACCCCGAAGACCGCCGUGUCACCGAGAGUGUCGACGUCCUCAUGCCCGGUGUCGGUGAGAUUGUCGGUGGCAGUAUGAGAAUGGACGACUGGGACGAGCUCAUGAACGCCUAUAAGCAUGAGGGCAUGGAUCCCUCCCCCUACUACUGGUACACUGACCAGCGCAAGUACGGUACCUCCCCCCACGGUGGAUAUGGGCUCGGUCUCGAGCGAUUCCUCGCCUGGCUAUGCGCCCGUUACACUGUCAGGGAUUGCAGCUUGUAUCCUCGCUUCACUGGCCGUUGCACACCUUAA